GCGUUGGAAAUCCACCAGUUGUCGAUGAACAGUUGUAGUGCGCAGAGUGAAAUCUGAAAUAUGUGAACCAGACGCACUCGCGCUCUUAUCUCAAACCAGUGCACACUAGAGUUCAGAUCUGUAGAGGAAACUCUUCCUGUCCGGUGUUCCUCCAUAUUUUCCUACUGUAUAUGCGGAAGAAACUUUGAAGGAAGUAUGUUGUGAAAAAUAAACCUCCCUGUCCCCCCUGGGCUGUUUAUUAAUUGUACUGGAAAUAGAUUUGUGCACGGUUAUUGAGUUAUUGACAUCUAUUGUUUGCAUUCUCCGGAAGUUCUAAUCCAAACGCCAUCGGCGCGUUCAUGCAAAUAGUGACUCCAACGCCGGCAGUGACCACGACGCUUUUUUCACGGAAAACGCGCGAAAUGCGUCCUGAAUAAAAAUGAUGGACGGGAGAGAAAAAGUAAAUCAUGAAAAUGUUACUGAGAGGACUCACGAGAUCGAGUUCCGACCUUGCACUUGUAAUUCUCAUCCUAUGAUCAGCAGAUGGAGUGAUACAAUUAAAUCUCAGGUGGGAAGUUGCAAUAAAUCCCAGGUGGGAAGUUGCAAUAAAUCCACAGCAUCAGGCAUCACACACAAAGUGUCACCUUGUAAUAAACACUAUGUGCAAAUUCUGCCCCAAACAUUCCCACAAAAUAAAGUUAGAUUAGUGACACUGAAAUCAAAAUUGUGCAAUACUCCAUUUUCUUCUUGUCAUUUCGUACUCUUGGUGUACCUGAUUAUUCUUUUAUCCCUGCCAGCUCAGGGACAGGAUUAUGAAACCUGGGAGCAAGGAGUCCCAAGGGGACUUAGAAGACAAGGGUUCCAUCCAGGAGGAAUUAGGAUGGAUAACUCCGGGUUCAGUUUAGAACGAGGACCAUUAACUCUCAUCAACGGUCGGCUAAGACCAGUGUCGGAGGAGAAAAAAAGAUUGGAGGAGGGAUCGGUUAAAAUUCCUCCGCCAUCAGAGGAACCAUCUUAUUUUCCGGAGACGACAUACCCUGGAAAUCCGCGACCAAUCCUGCUUAAACCUGAGCCGGAGAUUUAUCUGACAAAACUCCCUCCACCCCUGCCAGCCAGCCAGGAUUUUAAUCCGAAUAUUCAAGAUUUUAAAGAAUUUGCACCUUCGGACAACCGACGGAUGGAUCAGGGGGUGGAAGCAUUGGUGCCUAAAAGAUCGUCCUCUGGUGACUGGUCCACAAGAGUCGAUGCUUCAACGGCACAGAAAGAGAUUGUUCUUGACACAAAGUACUUCAGUCUCAGCUAUCCCGAGGUGAAUUCAGUGACCAGUCCUGACCCCGGAUUGGAAUAUGUGACCGGAAAGCCUGGCCUGGUCCUAAGAAAGGUAAAAGGAAGAAUUAAAACCUCAACUCUUGAAACCCCAACCAGUCCUGGGACUAAGACCAAGGAUCUAUGUGAGAAGAGUAUCCUUGAAUGUGAGAAUGGAUCUCAUCUCAACGGUUCAGUAAUCCCAGAGAUUUCGAGUGUCUCAACUCUAAACUCAUAUGAAGAACUUCUUCGACACUUCCGCACUGAGGUUUGGGCCAUUCCUGUCAUUGUUGCCGCCGCCACCGUCAUCCUUAUUCUCGUCAUCUUCGAGAUCUUCCUCCUGGCAAAGGCAGUGAACAAGAACCCCAGCAGAAGACACUUGUUCCUAGGACAGAUGCUGUUGCUUGGACUAUUCUCCUUGGCGGGGAUGUCUGUCGUCUUCACUCUUAAACCAACAACUAUAACAUGUGCUGUUAUCAGGUUUGGAACAGGGUUCUCCUACUGUAUCGUAUACUCUACCCUGCUGGUAAAGCUGGUGUUCCUUGUCUCCUUGAACUCUGGUGUAUACCUGCCUGCCACCUACCAAUCCCUUCUCCUCUGCUUCGCGAUCCUCAUACAGCUCGUUAUUGGGAUCCAGUGGUUAGUCUCCGCUCCGCCCUCUAUUCUAGAUCUGGAGGUAGGGGAGGGAGUGAUUCAUCAGGCCUGCUCCACCCUCUUCCAUCAGCAGCUUCUUGGCCUGCUCUAUGUCGUCUUCCUAAUUGUCGUUGUUGUUCUCCUGGCGUUCAAGUCUAGGAGUGUCAGAGAGAAUUACAGGACGGUAGUUUGGAUAGUUGCAGGGCUUAUAGUACCUACACAGUAUCAGGAUGUGUGCGCUGCCUGUGGGAUGAUCGCAUGCGCCUCCAUCACGUUUGUCAUCAUGUACAUGCCCAAGGGGCGCCAACUCUCAGCUAUGGGGAAGGAGGGGCUGUACGCAGAGGAUCGUACGGAUGUGUACACCGGAAGUGGGACAGGUUCAACCGGAAGUUCUGGUACACCAAGUCCCUCAUUCUUUCCUGUAAAACCUGGAAAGUUGGCAGGACUGGAUGAAAGGAUUGAAAGAAAGGAGAGGAUGGAAAGGAUAGAAAGGAUGGAAAGAGAAGAGUCGAAAGAAAGGCAAAGGUUGGAUACACCUACCUCCUCCCAUAGACAUCUUCAAAUUUUCGGAAUACCUUCAGCUCGAGCAAGUCGGAGAAGCAAACAUACUCACCACGAUGAUCAGCUCUCUGACGAUGAUCAGUUCGUCGUCGAUGAUCAAUUCCACCGAGAAGAACCUUUUGGCAGAGAUGAUCGUCAUAGAAGAAAUGAGCAUGAUCGUCAUGAAAGAGAUGAUCGUCAAAGAAGAGACGCUAAUCCUGAUUUCUUUGAAAGAAAUAGAUUUCUAAGAGAUGAUCGAUUGCUGCGCGAGGAAAGGCAUUCAAACAAUGUACGCAUGCGCAGUAGUUCUCCACGAGACCGUCCUUCGCAUCUCUACGGACAUCCGCUUUUUCGUGCAUCCCAUGGUGACCUGGCGCGCCCAAACCAUCGGCAGGCUCCCAGAUUUUCAAGUCAGAGAGAUCUUUCACGAGCUGAUCCAAGCCGGCUUAGUCAGAUCACUCGGUCAGAUCCAGUCAGAUCUUCGCGACGGAGAAUGAACGAAGGCGGAAGGAGUCGAGAAAUUCUAGCGACCAUAUCUCCGAGACGAUUACCGUCCUGCAACCGAUGCCUACCACCAGAGUACAUGUCCGGCCAACAUCAAGGAUUGUACAAGGACGGUAUGUACAGCUCGCUAGAAGCCCUUAAUAGUUCUCGUUUCCCAUUUCAGUCUCAACCUUCGAGAAGCAAUCCUAACGUUAUGUUUAGAAGACAAGCUAAAGAUAUUCAUCCAGGAAUCAUUUAUUAAAAUGUUUUGUACUCUAAACUUGAAAAAUAUUUUGUACUUAAAACAUGAAAAACAUUUUGUGCUCUAAACUUGAAAAUAUUUUGUACUUAGACAUGAAAAACAUUUUGUACUCUAAACUUGAAAACAUUUGUACUCAAAACUUGAAAACAUUUGUACUGUUAAACAUGAAAACAUUUUUACUCAGCUGAAAAAUAUUACGUACUCUUAACUAAAAACUGUCACUAAAAUAUUAACUCUUAAUUUGUACGACACCCAGCCUCUCGAAUUAUUAAGUAUAGAGGUUGUCGUCUUUCUUCUGUUUCGAAUUAGGGCAGCUCAGAUCAGUGGUUGACCAGGCCCGGCCAAUCUAUAAUUCUAUACAAUUAAAUUACAGUGAUAACCAAAAAUGUCUUUUAGAAUCAAGUUAUCAACUUUAAAAAGUCCAAUGAGCAUGAGACACAGCAUAUGUGCAGUGUAAACAGACCCAUUUCACUAAAUUAGUGAUAUAAAUAAUAUCCUGGUAAAACAUUGCUAGAAUGUCGUCUUCCUAUUUCAUUUUUUCCUGGUUAUCGCUGAUGUUCCUGAGCUGUCCUUUUUGUGGCACAACAAAAGGGAAUAAAAUGAAAAAAAAGUUCCUUAGUUCUCACCUGAUUGAUUCAACUCAAAUAUUUGUCUCUUUUUAAAUAAAAUAUAAUGAUUUGAUUCCUUUUUCAUUGCCAUACAUCUAUAAAAUACAGGUCAUGUGCAGUUAGUAGCUUAGACUUGACUUUGCGGUAAGAAAAAUACGCAAUUUAUCUCAAUAUUUGGCGCCAUAAAUGUGUAAUUUUUGUAAAUAUUUGAAUACAUAUUAUAAUUUGUCUGUAAUGUUGUAAAAUAACGUAUUCCAUUAUCUAACAACUUGUAUAUAAUGUAACUAAAAAUAAAUCUUAACUUUA